AUGGAUUUUGGAAGAAUUUGGCUGUUGGAUUCCUAUUCCAUUCUUACAGUCGGUGUUUUGAAGUCAGAUCGAGAAAAUGGUGAAGAAAUAAACGAUGGUUUUCCUUCUUUUCCAGUUCUCAAAGUAUUAUAUAAGCUCUUCGAUGAAGAAAAUGCAUUAACCGAUCCACGUGCGAAUGGUGAAGAUUCAAGUGUAGGUAUCGUUGAAAUUCCUCUUGGAUGCUGUUUGAAAUUGAUUGAAAUUCUUUUGGUUUCAUCCCAUGCAAUUCCACCUGCUUGCCGCACCGUUGGACAAUUUUAUGUAAGUUGGUGUGCUCAAAUUCAAGAAAUCUUUUGA